AUGCCAGAAGAGUAUCAAUAUCUCCGGACUCGUCUGCAGUAUGAGAAUUUUCGUUUCGCAGAUUGGUGUGAGGCAGCCGGUUUUGAUGGCGCGGAAGACGAGAAACAGAAAGACCUUCCAGAGAGCGUCAAAGCAAUUCGCUUGGUGCUGGUUGCCAUCCUCACCGAAAUGCAACUGGUGAUGGACGAGUUGUCGCAGAUGGCAGAGAGAUUUGAGACAAGCAGUAAGACUGACUUCAGGAACGUGGACGCUGAGACCAGUGAUUUUCAGAUGUUGGAGAUGCUCAAGCAAUUGCGUGCUCGAGAUCACAAGGCAACCAAAGAUCCUGGCAACAAUUCUGCACCGGCGACAAAAUCCAGAAGUAAGGGAAGAUGGUUGUCGAUGGCGACAAACCUCAAAAAUAUAGCGAAGAAUCCUCGACGCUUCGUCUGGGUGGCUUUUAGCAGAGAAGAGUUCGAGAAAUUGCUGGGACGUUUCAAAGAACUGAAUGAGAACCUCUAUCAGCUCCUCCAUGGCGAACAAUCCCGCUUUUUGAUGGACCUCACUCGCAAAACGCAGCUUGAUAUGGUUCUAGUGCUGAGAUCUGUCGAAGAAUUGAAACACCUUCAACUAGCAGCAGUCUUGCGCCCGGAGCCAGUUUCAGACGCAUCGCCAUACUCAAGAAGCGACCAGGUUCUGGCAUCUUUGGCCAACUUCAAGCAACUCAACACUGCUUCUGAGUAUUCUCUAGGGUCACAACAAGAAGGUUUUGACGAUAACCGAGAAGCCAUACGGUUGGAUCGCUCUCGGAUCACGUUCUUGGAGGAUGACGAGGAAUCGGACAAUUCAAUGGGCUCUGACGGCCGUGCAGCUGGUAUCCUAGACAAGAGCAAGCCAGGACAACGACACAUCUGGUUGGAGUGGCGGGGUUACCUCCCUGAGCGCAGUAGUAAGGGAGAUGAUUUAAUUGCAUCCUCAGCCAGUGUCAGAAGGGUCCAGGACUUGGUUGUUCUGCUCAAGCUCAACAAGCUUGCUGAGUUCUGUGCGCCCAUUUGUCACGGAUACUUUGACGACAACGAUCAUGCAGCGCAAGAUGAUCGCAACUUCCGCUUUGGCCUUGUCUUCGAGAGUCCUGAUGCCUUGAAAUCUGCCGGGGUUCCUGAGACCUUGCGUACAAUGCUCAGUCGCUCGACUCCAUCUCUCAGUGCUCGAGUCCAGCUAGCGCAGAGACUUUGCACAUGUCUGCUGUAUCUGCACGCAGUGAACUGGCUACACAAAGGUAUCAACAGGCACAACGUCAUCUUCGCAGACCCGCAUAAUCUUUUGGAGCCUUGCGUUGCUGGCUUUGAGCUCGCACGUCCUGACACUGAUCAGGACAAAACUCAGCCUGGUAGGCAUCAAGUCGUUGGCCCGAGAGACGACCUUUAUUGCCAUCCAUUAUACCGUGGUGCCGAAUUCAAGCCAACUUAUCAAAAGACGUUCGACAUUUAUAGCCUGGGGUUGGUGCUGCUAGAGAUCGCCUUCUGGAAGCCAAUCGAGUCAAUCAUGAGGCUUGAAGACCAUUUGUCCAACAGAAAUUGGGCUGAAUUCAUCAGGAACGAGUUAAUACAGGCAGACUCGAAGCAUAUGAAGGAGCUCAGAGCUAGGAUGGGUGAUAAGUAUCAGAGUGCCGUCUCAGUAUGCAUUAUUGGUCGUAUGUCGCUGGGCGUAGAGGAACACUCAGACGAGACGGACGUACCCGUAGCUGCUAAACUGCAGCGAGCAUUUAUGGAACGUGUGGUCGAUGUCAUGGGAGCCGUUCGCGUUUAG